GUUUAACACAGAAACAGCUGUUUUCAUCGUUAAACAUGAUUGGUCCGUUAGCGGUGAAAACAGUUGUACGAUUGGCCGCUGGUUACUGAGAGGCGGGCUGGAGUCCAACAGUUGUGGCGGCAAAGUAGGGCGAAGUAGACGACGCGAACCGGAACAGUGUCUACUGCACACUGCCGUGGUAGUUUGGCAUACGACAACGACUACAAAGCAGAAGACCUCUGACAACCAACUCAUCUUGCAGCAUCCAGCUCUCUCUGUGUAGUCACACAACCUCACAGUCCAGUGAAUGUCUCUUCUUCGUCAGAUCAGAAGAAUUAAGGUACACCGACAACACCGCUGCUAAGUAUUCUGAAAAAAAGACUAGUGCGUAAUGUUGUAAGCUGUACCAGAAGAUGAACUUACUUAUGCUGAAGGGAAACAGACAAAUGUCGUGUAUGUGUAAGCCAGUGCUCAAGACACAUUAAGUUCGGGACACGUUACUGCAAUUGUGUCAAGGUGUUUCCAUUGUGACUUACGGAAACGGAAAUAGAUCGGCCGUGCUGUUUGAAGAUUCACGCAGUGUAUUAAAACCGUCACUGGAAACGUGCAACAUUUCGAUAACGGAGUUCGUAUAAUUGGAAUUCCAAAGUGUUUCAUCUGUAAACGCCUUUCACGCGAUAUUUUUACCACAAAUCUCUUUGAUAAAAUGCGUGAAAGGAUUUGAAUUCAAAACAAAGUAACACUAUAAUAACCAAAGUCCUAAGAAACUGAAGAUUACUCAACCGUAAAAACUGGGUUACAAUAAAUAACUAGUGGAUUCCUAUCAACGUCCAGAGAAGUUAUCGGCCCAUUUCUUUGACAGGGCCGUGUGCUCAGGUUUCUGAUUGACGGCGCAUGAAGUGGGAAGGAGAGGAAAAGAGAAGAUUGAGCCACAUCUUGGAAGAUCGGCACAAGAAGUGAAACAAGCCACUUCUACACUCGUCUCUUUGGCCUUGAUUUUCAAGCCAAUACCGUUUUACAAGCAAAAAGUUAAAAAAGUGAACACUACUGUCGUAACGCAAAUUUCAAAGUUAAAUUUGAAUCACCAUACUGGAAAUUACAGCAACAAAGACGCAACCACGUACACCUGACGACAAUUAUUAUCAGCCUGCACGUAUAUUUAAGAAAUACACAACUUACACUGGACUUCUAACAAAGCAAUGUUUAAUAAGAUUUUCAUUAAAUGUCGUGCUGCUAAAUAACAAAGUGAACCCGCCCACAAAGUGACAAAACACUUCAAAUAUAAAUAAUUUAUCUCCAAAUUAACAAUCUGUGUUGUAACUUUACUAAAAUUCAGAUAUGACAAUGGAGUUAGGAAAUAUAUUUCUUGUAGCUUCAAUUAUCGUCUUAUACAACGUGGGGUGUACAAAAUCAGAAACCUGGGUCCCUGCAACUAGUUCCGAAGUGUACAAGCAUAACAGUUCACGAGCCACGCCAUUCUCUUCAACACUGGCCUCCUUAUCGCCAGGAAUCAAAGAGUCAAACGAUCACCAGGACGUGACGCCGAGAAGCGUCUACCCUAAUCGUCGUGACUUAAACUCGAGGGCGAUGCAGAUCACCGUGACGCCAACAGAAAUGGCUGUCACUGACAACAACCGUCUCAAAGACGUGACAGCUACUACCAGUUUCUACCCCAGUCGUCACUAUGACAGUAAACAAGCAUCAGAAGACGAUAAUUCAAACACCACUGUUACUACACAGGAAUAUCCUGGCCGGCGACAUUACUACAACAGUAGACGGGAACGUCCACAACAGAAGGUCGAAAAGAUUCAGGAACCCGUGAAGAUACCAGGAGGAGCAGCAGCUGCAGCUGCGGGCCUCACCAAACCCACAAGAUACCACUACUACCCCCACAACCAGCACAUAUACUUGCUGCCAGAAUGUGCCAUACAACAGGUGUGUAAUGCAGUGUACGUACGUCUCAACUUCACACAACCACUGUGCGCCUGUCCAAGCCGAUACCGUGACCCCUGUUCAGCAAGCACCAAUACGGACGACUUGCAUUCUACAGAACUUAUCACAGACCCUCGAGGAAAGGCUCUUACACUUGCGAAAACCUGCGAACCAGUAGCUGAAAUGCGAGAAUGUCGAGCACCGAGGGAUUGGUCGCUGCUGGCAUUGCAGAACAUUCGCACCGGGAAGUCACAUUACCUCGUCAUCUGUCGCUGUCCGCUCACCAACAUACUAGAAGGCCCUAUGAGUCACGACCAACCAACAUAUGCGAGCGUACCAGGGAUUCGAGUAUACGGAAUGAUGUGUGUCCAAGUCAAUAACAGAAGGGGCCGACAUCUCCGGUCUGCGAGAUCAAGUGGACGCUCGAUGCCACCUUUACCGUGGAGAAGAGUUAAUGAAAUGGUCGAUGCAUUACACUGGGACGACUGAUAGUUCCAUUUCAACUGAAGCCAUCAAAGACGAGAGAAAAAUCACCUAACGUUUAUCAAGGAAGAUUAAAUAUUUCACUCCAAUGUUAUGACACGUGUGAACGUCGAAAAGUGACGAGCGAAUAGCUUGAAAUGAAAAGUGGCACACGACUUCGCCAAGAUCUACUUCCGGACGUGCAGAUAUGAGAAAACUGGGAUACACAGACAAAAUCACAAAGUAACUAAUUCCAUGUACUGUGGAUACCAGCCGAAAUAAACUUUGGCGUGUCGUACAAUUACUGUACAAUGUUUUCCAAAAUCUCGAUGGAAUUUCAAAGAACAUUUUAAGGAAAAUCAUAAAAGUAACGUUAAUGUAUUUAUUCCGGCGAUUUUCGCGAGAUUAAAAUUCACGCGCACAUAAUUUACAAGGUCUUAAAUUAACAACGGCAGUGUAUGUGUUCUAUCUGUACCUAACGUUCUACAGAUUGAAUAUUUAAGCCAAUCAACUUCAUAUUAUCAAUUACAUUAACAGAUAAUUUUAAUGCUAUAAAAUAUAUUAAAAAUUACUUAUAAACCAAUUCCUGUAAGGGUAAUUUUUUUACAGAGAACUGUAGGCAUAAUUUCCAAACUUUGCAGAACUUUUUAAAGUUAAAUUUUGAUCUUAUCACUGUUGAGCAAACCUAUGAAUAUUUAUACAGGGAUUAGCUCUGCCAGCCCAGUUCUUUUUCCGCUACAUCAGCUUCACCAUUGAAUUCGGCGUAAUAAACAUGCCCACUUCAUUACGUUGAAUUCAGUCGGUCAGUUUUUGGUGUUGGCAAAACACACGUGGGUUUGGGACUUGGUGGCCACAGGUGGAAGAGGAAGUGGCAAGAUGGGUUAAGUUGACACAAUUUCAAAUUUGGAACACCUGAGCUAUCACGUACCAAAACAAAUAGUGGGGCUUUGCUUAGAAAUACUUCUCACACUGACAUUUUUUUAAUAUAAUACUUUAAAGUAACUAUAAAAUGUAAAAAUCAAGAGACUUUUCACCUUCCACUGUUUCAAGUACCGCAUAAAACCGGACGUUGUUUCUAAGUAACAAAACUUAAUUUUACACGUCUGUUGUCGUAGUGACUAAAAUUUAGAUACAUCAAUUUUCUUCGUGAAGAUGUUAGUUCGAGAAUAUCGCAGUAUCCUUACGGAUCGAUGUACAAUAAGGUUUUCUAGCACGAGGCAACAGCGAUACACACGCAGAGUUUCCGAUGGCACCAUUUCCAUCUAUCUGUUGCAUUAUAAGGGUUAUAAUGGACUGGUAUGGUAUGAGAUGCCCUGACCAUAGACCUGCAUUUUAAUACUGCAACCCCACCACAUAUUUCAAAUAUAAAAGAUAUACUCGUCUAAAAUUUACCUCGUUUACCACAAGCCUUAAAGAUUCAGCUCCUUCGAGAUCGUGAUUUGUUAAUGGAAAAUACAAUGAAUUAUUAACUUUCUUUACAAACGCUACAAAUCAAUUACUCAUAAGAUAAAUCAAAAUUUAUGUGACAAUUAGUGGGUAUGAUAUUCAAUGCUUCGUGUAUAUUUACAAAAGAUGUAUUUUAAGGGUUUUAUUUCAUAAUAAUGCAUCAUAUAGGACAUUAUUAGCCUAUACAGAAAAGUUAUUGAAUCUGUUGUAGUCGAUGGUAGUUUUUUCCCAGAAAAUAAGAUACUCAACUAAAACCCACACCAUAGGCUGCAAUAAAAAUCUAGGUAUGUAAUUCUAUGAAACUGUCUCUCUAGAAUAUGGUGUAUUUUUCAUUCAUUAAGCGUGCAUUGUGAGCGGACUAAUUGAUGAUGUCUCUUGUUGCAAGUAUGGCUUGUUAUAAUUUCAAUAAAUAUUUCACCUACAGCCAAUUUGCAUAUACUAAACACUGUCAUGUAAUAGAUUUACUGCAAAAUGACAAUGCUCAAUUUCUAUUUCAAUGUUCUCAAUUUAUGCUUCAUGGUAAAACAAACAUCUUACAUAACGAGCUACUUUCGAGUUUUAGAAUAUAUCUAGCCGUAGAUGUAAUACUUAAGACUUACGUAAAAGUAACUUUAAUCGCAACAAUAAAAUGUUUAAGUUAUUAUUUAUUUAAUCUGGAUGGUGCUGUAUAAUGUAAAUAAAUUUUAAUAUCAUAUUUAUAAAUGCGUUCAAUUAAUUCAUCACGUGUACCUCACUGAAUCACAUUUUACAAAUUCAAUUUAUGUCAAAACACAUGUAUAACAUGCAUUUGAAUGUGAAAUUUCAACGAGAGCUCAUUAUGACUGAUGAUUGAUUGAUAUCCUGUCGCUCUUA